AUGUUGAAGAAUUUCAUUUUGUUAAUAUUUUCACUGCAUUGUGUAUCUUCCAGAACCAUAAAUUAUGAGCCGGAUGAUAAAGCUUCAGCCGGAUGUGAAGUUGCAAUAACCGGGGGUCUAGGAGACCCUCAACCUUUGUUCAUUAUCCCUGGGACCAACAAAUUCUUAGAACCUAAAGAUGACUCUGGCAUUUUACGUCUGGAAUACAAUCAAAAAGUAGAGCUAGCAUGCGCUGGAAGUGAAUUUAGCACUUCAAAAAUGCCUUGGUUCUGGUGGCUGACUGGGGCCGUCUAUGUUGAAACUAUGAUGGCUACUUGUAUUGAGGGCAGCUCUUUCGAAUUGCCUUGGGGCAAGUCGAAUAUCAGCACAGCCCGUUGUGUUUCGAACCCGUAUCACGAAGCCAAACCCACGGGUCGCAGAUGCGGUAGAAGAGAAAGCCGAUCCGAAAUCUAUGAAAUAGGCUUUCAAUUAUCGUCCGGAAGAGUUUUAAAAUUGUUCGACCUAUGUCAUGACAGGGAUAUGGCAGAGACUCUAUAUAGUCAUCAUAAAAUGACACCUGCCAAUGCGGGAUAUCAGCAUUCUGUGCCUAGGCCAAACUUUAUUCAAGGAAAGCACUAUGAUUUUUCGGUUGAUAACGCUUAUAAGAGAAAGUCUCAGAAGUCAAUGAUCGCAAAAAUUCUAAAUUCAACUAAACUGGCAAAUCAACUAGUGCACGAUACGAACGAUUACUUCAUGGCCCGUGGACACCUGGCCGCUAAGGUGGAUUUUAUAUACGGUUCGCAGCAGCGCGGAACGUUCUAUUUCUUGAACGUUGCGCCCCAAUGGCAGACAUUUAACGGGGGCAACUGGGAACGCGUCGAGUCCUCGGUGAGGAAUUUUGUGAGCGCCAGAGGAAUCGAGGUUGAUCUCUACACGGGCACAAACGGUAUCUUGACAUUCCCAAACGAAAAGCCUAGAUUACCCGUUCCGAAAGUUUACUACAGAAUCAUUUACGAACCUAAGACCAAGUUGGGUGUGGUGUUGAUAGGUGUGAAUAAUCCGUACGCCAGUUUAGAUGAGAUUAGAAAGGACUAUGUCUACUGCACCGACGUAAUCUCUAAACUCGAUUGGUUGCAUUUGAUUCAAAGGAUGUGA